AAAGAGGUAGUUUAGUGCUGCUCUUGUUCAACAGCGAGGAGGGAGAGAGCCGUCCCCAGUCCCCGUUUGAGUUUCGAUUCCCGGCGGCAGCCUCGGUAACGUUAAAGUGUCCCCAUGGCGACAGACAUUGUUGCGCAGUUGGCCGACUCUCUGGCCAAGACUGGAGUAGAGGAUGGAGAGCUUAGCUACAAAGGCCAGGGAAGAAAGCUGGAUGAUGCCCAGUCAGUGGAGGAGAUAGUGAAGGAUAUCCAGGACUUCAAGGGUUUACAGGCUCUGAGGUUGGAGGGAAACACUGUAGGUGUGGCGGCAGCACAGGCCAUCGCCAAAGCUCUAGAGACAAAGAGUGAAUUCAAGCGCUGUUACUGGAGUGAUAUGUUCACAGGCCGCCUGCGCUCUGAGAUCCCUCCUUCUCUGAAUUCACUGGGUGAUGCUUUGAUGCUGGCGGGCGCCAGGCUGACUGUUUUAGACCUCAGUGACAACGCUUUUGGACCAGACGGGGUGAAAGGCAUCGAGAGGUUGCUGAAGAGCACCGCCUGCUACACAUUGCAGGAGCUGCGGCUCAACAACUGUGGCAUGGGCAUCGGGGGUGGGAAAAUCUUGGCUGCUGCAUUGACCCAUUGCCAUGAAAAGUCUAGUGGAGAUGGCUCCCCUCUCAGCCUGAAGGUGUUUGUUGCAGGAAGGAACCGACUGGAGAAUGAUGGAGCCACUGCCCUCGCUCAAGCCUUCAAGUUGAUGGGCAGCCUGGAGGAGGUUAAUAUGCCACAGAAUGGCAUCAAUCACCCUGGUGUGACAGCCCUGGCCAUGGCAAUGGAGAACAACCCAAACCUCCGCAUCCUUAACCUCAAUGACAACACAUUCACUGAGAAGGGGGCUAUCGCCAUGGCUCAGGGCCUGAAACACCUACGCAGCCUGCAGGUGAUAAACUUUGGAGACUGCCUGGUGAGGCCAGCUGGAGCUAUAGCUAUGGCAAAAACAGUUUCAGAGGGACUACCAAUCCUGAAGGAGCUCAAUCUGUCAUUCGGUGAGAUUACAGAGGAAGCUGCUCUGGCUGUGGCACAAGCAGUGAAGGACAAGGACCAGCUGGAGAAACUGGACUUAAAUGGUAACUGUUUAGGAGAGGAUGGCUGCAAAGCUCUGAAAGACACCCUGGAAGGCCUUAACAAAGCCGACCUUCUAGGAUCACUCAGUGACGACGAAGGCGAACCAGAAGACGACGAUGACGAGGAUGAAGAUGAGGAAGAGGAGGACGAUGACGAGGAAGUGGAUGAGGAGGAGGUAGAAGAGGAAGAGGAAGAAGAGGAGGAAGAGGAAAGCAGCAGCAACAAGUUGUCUACUCCUGUAUCAGCGCCACGGCCGCCGGAUGUCUCCUCCUUCCUCAGUUUUCCGUCUCCAGACAAACUGCUCAAACUGGGGACCAAGAGAGCGUUUCUGAUAGAGCAGCAGGUGGAUGUGACAGAUGCUGCAAAAACAGCUGAAGCCUUCCUCAAGAUUGCAUCUGUGUACAAAGAGGAGAACAGUGAUGUUAAGAAUGCAGUGUUGGAAAGUAUCGACGCUCUUCUGAAGAAAGCUUUUUCCACUCCUUCCUUCCAAGGCUACAACUUUGUAUCAUCUUUGUUAGUGCUGCUCGGACUUCUUAAGAGUGAGGACAAGGUCAAGCCUGUGCUCGUGGUUCCCGGACACCUCCAGGCCUUGGAGCACGUCGUGCGACAGGACUACUUCCCCAAAGAGAGCGUGGCUGUGCUGGAGGCCUUCAUGUCCCGAAACAACAAGUCCCUGGACUCAUGUUGCAAUGCCAGAAACAACCUCCAGUCAACACUGCAGAGAGUCAGAUCUGAGAGCUGAGGACUGUGGAUACACGUACAUACACACACACACACACACAGACUGUAUCUUGACUGUUGGACCUUUCUGGAAAACAGCACACAUGAGCCCAAAUUUGAAGCAAAAGGAGCAGAGCAGCACUUGAAAUGAACAGAACACUCACACUUUGCUGUGGCACUGCUGACCUUCACAAGUUCGGCCACAUACACCUUUCAUUCUGGACUCUGGACUAACCUUGAAUACUUAAUGUUUUGAAGUAGGUAAUGCUCUUAUGGUGUGGACUAAUCGAGUAGCUUCAUGUACACUUGUAUAACCACAGGACAGCACUGACAACUUUUAUCCUCACCCUCUUUGCAAGAAAAGCCUUUGUUCCCCUGCGAUAACCCAAAAACGUGUGUUGUCUGUGACUGACUGAAGCACAGAUUACACUCUGAUGCAGAUUAGAUCAGCUCAUGUCAGCGUUUCACUCUGACCACGACUGAUCAGGGCUCCACGCAUCAGCUAUUGUACAUUUUCUAUUUCAUAUUUACCUUUUACUAUUCAGCUGUUUUAUAUAAAAUGUUUAUUAAAUUCAUGAAUAUGGUCAAACAAAUAUGUAAUUAAAAUAUGUAUUGACUGGUAAAUAUUAUGAGACUAGGCCUGUAAAGUACAGUUGAACUGUUAAAAGGGAUGAAAUGUAUUUUCUGCCUUCAACAAGGCACACAUUUUUGGGGGGUUUGAAAAUAAAGAUCA